AAUAAAAUGGAGGAGGUAUUUGCCAAAAUAGGGUUUUCAUCGCCGAGACGCUGAAGAAAUGGGGAGAGACAGCUGCUUGGCGCGCGUCACGGCCGGAGUGGCGAUAGGCGGAUCGAUCGGCGGCGCAGUCGGCGCAGUUUACGGCACAUAUGAAGCUAUCAGAUACAAGGUUCCAGGACUGUUGAAGAUAAGAUAUAUUGGGCAAACCACCCUUGGAAGUGCUGCAGUUUUUGGUCUCUUCAUGGGAGCUGGGAGCUUGAUACAUUGUGGAAAAUCAUACUGACUGGUUGUUUGAGAAGCUUAGCAUUCAUAGUUCUGUUGCACUCGAACAAAUCGUUUCCUAUGCAAAUGUUUCUGGUAAAGCAAAUUGUCAUAUUUUAAUUUGACUCAAAUUUGACAUCAGAAUCAUGUACUCAUUCAAUAAUUGAGUGGAAGUCUCAAUUUUUUGUGCACUCAUCA